AUGGCUGAAUCAUUGUCUGAAGUUAGAAAAGCAGUUCAGGAUGUGGCAUGCCACGCUCUGCAGGCUAGUAUAUCACACGCUGGCGGUGGUCGCUUUUCAUUCAUCGUUAGCACUGACAAUGUUCAAGUGGCUAACAGUGUAUGUCAAACUGCAGUAACACUUGGUGCUAUUUAUGCUGGCUAUCAUUUGUUAAAACCGUUAGUUGACGCAGCUGUUACCAAAGUUCUCGGUGGUGAAAACCGGGAUGACCAACAUAUCGGAGAGAUCAAACCAGGAUCUUUACAUGUUCUACUUUGUUGUUUUACGGACGAGAGAUUUCUGGAAGUUUUAGCAGAUUAUGGAUCUGGAGGAAUAAAAGAACGUUUGCAGCAGGAAUUUUCGCAGAUUGGAAUUAAAACAGAAGAAUUGAAGGUUGAAGUUGAAAAUAUUGAAGAAGUAAUGGAAACAAAGGAGACCAUAAAGAAGAGGUAUGAAAGUAAUCACCGUACAUGUGUAUAA